AUGGCAGACUCGACCGCAACAGCAGCGCCGGCCCCGGCCACCGCACCGGCGCCUUCUGACGCGGCAUCCGAAUCAAUCGAGGCCCUGAUUGCGGCUCGGCCGCCAGCGACCGAUCGCUUCACAUACCUGACCCUGAUCGAGGAGCACCUGUCGCCCGCGGUGCUGCCCACCCUGCAUGCCGUCCUGCAGGACGCCCCGCUGACCCAGGAGCUCGGCUGGGACCUGGUCGACAUGUUGGUGCCGCUGCUGCCCGCCUCCGAAGCGUGCCUCGACGACGUCGCCCGUCUCGGCAACCCUCGUGAGGUCAUCCUCAAGGUGCUCGAGAUCCUGGAGCGACUGGCACCGAGCAGCAGCCAUGGCGGCAACGGUGCGGGCGACUUUGACGAUGACGACGACGUGGACGACGAGGAGGACAGCAAGGCGCCAAAAGACACAGAGGCGACGACAGUGGCAUUCGUCGCCCUCUUGGGCAUGCUGGCCAUCCUCCACCGCCGCCUCAAGACAAAGUACCCGUCGCGGUUCCUCGAGACGACCCUGCGCACGAUUCUCGCUGCCUACCGGCCGACAAACGCGGCCAUGACCACGGCCAUCAUGGGCUUGGUGCGGUCCCUGGCGGCGCGCCGCCGGCCAGCGCCGCCCAUGCGCCGGUCCGACUCCCAGCUGAGCGAGCUGGCCCUGGCCAAGUCCGCCUCGCCGUCGUCCGCUGCGACGGCCACGGCCGCGGCCAUUACCGCUGCCGAUGCCGCGAAUGCCGCCAAGGCGGCCAGCAGGAGUGCCAUUGGCAAAGUGGGUGCCGACUACGACCGCUCGGACGACGCCGCGGCCAGCGUGCCAGAUCCCGAGGCCGAGGAGCAGGUGGCGCCGUCCGAGGGUGACAUCCAGCAGCGGCUGCUGCAGUCGUUUGUGACCUGCAUCCUCGAAGCCUACGUCAACGCCAACGAUGUGGCCUGGGCGCCGCGUCUGAUUGAGUUUUACUAUCCAAAGCGCGUCGUGCCGGGCCGGCCUACCGAGCUGAGCGAUUUCCGGGAAGACCCCAGCAAGAUUGCGCGGGAUGCGUCCGUCAGCCAGCUAGUUGCCCUUGCCCUGGACCUAGGACUCAAGUACUCAGACGCACUGGUUGCGAGCGUCUCCAAGGGUCCUGAGCGGCGCAACCCAUUUGCCGACCUGGACGUAGCGGAGGGUGGUGUAGACAGCAUUUCGCUUUCCACGGGCGGUGUUAUUUGCCUGCUGGCCUACUGGGUCUUUUCCUCGGACGUGUUCAAGUCCGAUGCCGCCGUCCCCAACCUGCGCGUCUUCCCCGAUUACUACGCCAUCCUCGAGACCUUUCUCGACGGCAACGCCGGCGCCCAGAUUGCGCAGUGGCCGGGCACCGUCGAGGCCCUUGUGGCCAUUGGCCUGUGGCUCGACCACCACAAGCUGUACAGCCGGGGCACCGACACCGUUGCUGCUGCCCGCGCUUCGUACGCGGCCGACGACUUUAUGCCCUACCACCACCUGCUGACGCUCUGCUCCGUGUUCCACCCGUCGCUGGCCGUGCGCAAUGCUGCCACGACACUCGCGGGUUCCGUGCUCCACGCCAACCCGGACGCCGAGGACCGGCUCAAGAUCUUGCAGGACCUGCUGGAGAACUGCAUGUUUGCAAGUCUCAAGGCAUGUGCCGUAACAUGGCUGCGCGAGGAGAUUGUGGCGGCCACGGCCGAGACGGCCGCGACGACCGAGACAGCCGACGACAAGACUCUGUUUGGCGGGCCGGACGCCGUCGAGCAGCUGCAGUACGCCAUCUUCCCGGACCUGCAGGCGCUGGCAGCGGCCGAUGCCGACAAGGCGUCGUCGACACUGGUCGAGUACUGGCUGCAGAACGCGCCGUUCCUACUGCAGGCGGCCAACUUUGCCUAUUUCCUGUUCUGCUCCGACAAGCUCAAGGCUACGGUCGUACCGCCGGGCAUGGGCCCGGCCAUUGAGCAGCGGUAUGUGGAGCCGCUGCUGCAGGCGGCGACGCGCCUGCGCAACCUUGUGGGCGGUGAAGCGACGGCGGCGGCGGCGGCGGCGGCGGCGGCGGGCAGCGGUCGGGGCGGUGGUCACGGCCAUGGCCACAGCCAUGAUGACAAAGACGGAAACGUUGGACUGCAGCAUGCCGUGGUCGACCUCGACGUGCUGACCAGCCGCCUGAGCAGCAUACGCUUUUCAUGA